AUGAGAGAGAAUGUAAUCGAAGAAAUGAGGCAGAUGCAACAAGAUGGUGAGACAAAAAGGAAGAUGCUGGAGAUGCUUAAGCGGGUCCACCUGGAAGAGGAGACGAACGAUGCAGAAGUUGAUGACGAAUUUGAAGGUGGUUCUUUUAUUUUCAUUUAUAUUGAGUAGCAACAAGCAUCAUCUAAUGAAGAAUCAAGAAGAAACAUGGAGUAUUAAUGAAGAAUCCAUGGCUUUUUUAAUUUUUCGUGCUUUCUUGAACUUAUAUGCAAUAUUAUGAUUAACUCCUAUGUCACCUUUUAAAUAUCGCCACUUCUCUGAACAUGGCUCGCUUUUGAGAAUGUUAUGCCAUCUAGGGUCUAGCACCUAGGAUAGGGAAAUUACCGUUAGGAUAUCUUGUUAUUUCAGAACUCUCAAAGAAAAUAAUUAUCCCUGUGGCAGUAACAGAAAUUUCCAUUCCUGCCGCAUUGCUUAUGUGCCUGUAAAUCUACACCAGAAACUGUGUUUUAUGCUGGACCCUUAAUUAUCAUGUAUGUUAAUUUCUGUGCUUUAAAUCAACUUUAAGAUUAUAUUUAGGUUUUUUCUAACCCUUGAGAUACAUUCUUUAAAUUUCUCAAUAUCUUAAUUAUUAUGAUUUUCUUUCUCAGAUUCAAUGCUUUCCCAGGAGACUAUUCAGAAGGUUUUAUCUGGUACGCCAUUUCUGCUCUAUCCAAAACAUUCAGACGGUUUUAACCAUUACUUCCCAUAUAUCAGGGCGUUAUAGAAACAUAACGCCAUGAGACUUUAUUAUAUAGAAUAAAUAAUCUUGAUCUCCAUUAGUGUUGCCCGCUGUCUGUAUGCAUCUCUCUGUUUCUUUGUCUAGGUAUUUACACCUCAUUUGCUUCUUUUUAGGGAACGAUCUGAAUUUGGAAGACCUGUCUCCAGAGGAGAGGAAGCAGUUUCAGAGAGCAAUCACGUCGGGUGUGCUGAGUAAGAUGAUAGAGCCAUGGGAACCAUGGUGGCUGAAGCCAUCUGCAAGAGCAAUCUCGCUUAGACAGGAUGGAACCCAGCUUGUGAGGCCAGUCGAUGACCAGGCCAGCAGCGAAACGAGCUUGAGCGAGAUUCCUCCCGGGCCAGAGACCCCAUUGCUGCUUCUUUGUGAGCUGACAAGCAGAGACCCGUCUCCCCUCUUACCGGUUCAUCUUCUGGACGUUCUAUACAGCUACUGUUUCACUCUCCGCCUGUACAAUGGCGACUGGCGGUGCGAUCCUCUGGGCGCUGCCAUGGUAGUUCUCAGCGUGUCGGCGAUCCUGGAAGAGGGCAGACAGCCGGCAACAGUGCCUGAGGCCCUCGGCCACUGCUUGGCCCGGACCUGCUCUUCUGAGUACAAGCAUGCUGGUGGCCUCCGGCUCGGCCAGAUACUCCUUGACGACACCAUGGGAUUACUAUUUCUUGGGAGCGAUGCCCUGGUUUGCCUGCUCUGCGACCUGCAGAGGCUAAUCCUGGCAGGGGGGACGAUGCUCAGGUCCGAGAAGAUGAGAAAGGAAAAGAAUGUGGAGGCGAGGAGCAAGCUCAGGCGUGCAGACAAGAAGGUCUACUUCCUCAUGUGCUGGGCCAAUGAGCAGCCGGGGGAAGCCUGGUCUUCCUUGGCCAGCCUUGUCGAGGUGGAGAAGGCUUCCAUGGCGGCAAUUGAGGAAGCCCGUAACCUUACAAAGGAGCCCAGAAGGAAGCCUUUGAUCGAGGAACUGUAG